UUACAAAACUCUCGGUUCUAAGGAACGCACGUCCGCGCGCCGGGAAGGAGCCCCGAGCGCGCGCCCCGCUUCCAGGCGCUCAGGAGCCCCGGGGCGCUCAUCAUGGUGGCCGAUCCGCCCCGGGGAGACCCCAAGGGGCUCGCGGCGGCUGAGCCCACCGCGAACGGUGCCCCGACGUUGGCCCCCCUGGAGGACCCUGGCGCGACCCGAGGCGGCCGCUGCGGCUCCCGGGACCGGGUGCGCCGCUGCCUUCGCGCCAACCUGCUGGUGCUGCUGACGGUGGUGGCCGUGGUGGCCGGCGUGGCGCUGGGUAUGGGGGUGUCGGGGGCCGGCGGUGCGCUCGCUCUGGGUCCCGCGCGCCUGGCAGCCUUCGCCUUCCCCGGGGAGCUGCUGCUGCGCCUGCUGAAGAUGAUCAUCUUGCCGCUGGUGGUGUGUAGCCUGAUCGGGGGCGCCGCCAGCCUGGACUCGAGCGCGCUCGGCCGCCUGGGCGCCUGGGCGCUGCUCUUUUUCCUGGUCACCACGCUGCUGGCGUCUGCGCUCGGCGUGGUCUUGGCGCUGGCCCUACAGCCCGGCGCCGCCUUCGCCGCCAUCAACGCCUCGGCCGCCGCCACGGGCGGCGUGGAAGAGGCCCCCGGCAAGGAAGUCCUCGAUUCGUUCCUGGAUCUCGUGAGAAAUAUCUUCCCCUCCAACCUGGUGUCCGCAGCCUUCCGCUCAUACAGUACCACCUACGAACACAGAUGGAUCAACGGAACCAUGGUGAAGGUGCCCAUUGGGGAGGAGGUGGAGAGUAUGAACAUUCUGGGCCUGGUGGUAUUUGCCAUUGUCCUUGGUGUGGCCCUGCGGAAGCUGGGGCCUGAGGGAGAGCUGCUCAUCCGCUUCUUCAACUCCUUUAAUGAUGCCACCAUGGUGCUGGUCUCCUGGAUCAUGUGGUAUGCCCCUGUGGGCAUCUUGUUCCUGGUGGCUGGCAAGAUUGUGGAGAUGGAGGAUGUGGGGAUGCUCUUCGCUAGUCUCGGCAAAUACAUCCUGUGCUGCCUGCUGGGCCAUGCCAUCCAUGGGCUCCUCGUGCUGCCCCUCAUCUACUUCCUCUUCACCCGCAAAAACCCCUACCGCUUUCUGUGGGGCAUCAUGACAGCGCUGGCCACUGCCUUCGGCACCUCUUCUAGCUCGGCCACGCUGCCUCUGAUGAUGAAGUGCGUGGAGGAGAGGAAUGGUGUCGCCAAGCACAUCAGCCGCUUCAUCCUACCCAUCGGUGCCACCGUCAACAUGGAUGGUGCGGCGCUCUUCCAGUGUGUGGCCGCAGUGUUCAUUGCACAGCUCAACCAGCGAUCCCUGGACUUUGUGAAGAUCAUCACCAUCCUGGUCACCGCCACGGCGUCCAGUGUGGGUGCCGCCGGCAUUCCCGCUGGAGGGGUCCUCACUCUGGCCAUCAUCCUGGAGGCAGUCAGUCUGCCCGUUCAGGACAUCUCCUUGAUCCUGGCUGUGGAUUGGCUAGUAGACCGGUCCUGUACUGUCCUCAACGUGGAAGGUGAUGCCUUUGGUGCAGGACUCCUCCAAAACUAUGUGGAUCGCACAGAAUUGCGGAGCUCGGUGCCAGAGCUGAUCCAAGUGAAGAGUGAGACACCCCUGUCUCCACUGCCUGUCCCCACUGAAGAGGGGAACCCCCUCCUCAAACAGUGUCCAAGACCUGCUGGGGAUGCGGACCCCUGCGAGAAGGAAUCAGUUAUGUAAACCCCACAGGGACUUUCCCUACCCUGAUUGGGGCACUCUGGAUAUUGCAAUCACAAACUGGGGCUCUGGAGGCCCUGCUGCACACUCAGGACAUCCAGAGGCUCCAGCCUCUCCCCCUGCCCCCUCCACCAACAUCAGAUCUGGGAGGCCUCAGUGCUGGGGUAUAUGUGUAUGUGUGUGUCUCUCACCGAAUCUUCCCCAGUUCUCAAUUCCCAUUCCCACCCAAGGCUAGGAAACAAAGAUGGAGAAAUAGUGUAGUAAUGUCCUUCUGGACAUUAUUACAGGGCACAGGGCACAGGUCACCACGUGGAUUUCUGCCCUCUUUGAGGGAAAGGAUAUUCCAAUGGGUAGC